GUAGUCACCCUCCGCGCUGCUCCGGCCGCCGCUGGGUACGGCUGGGGCGGCUUUCUCUGCACGCAGGGGACCCUGCCUCGGGGAUGUAGCGGCCCGCGGAGCCAUGCGCGGCCCGGCGCUGCCGCGCUCCUCGCUGGGGACGGUUAUUCUAAUAUUUGUCUGUGUGUUGACAAAGGAAUCUGUAGAAAUUACUCCAGUGCCAUAUAGAGUGCAAGUCCGUCGGGUAGCUUUGGAUGGAAAAGACCCCCCUAACUCUUUGAGGAGAGAAAAGAAACAGACGCGCUGUCAACUGGGACAAUACCUACACCCCAAAAGGACCCACUGCUGCAUGAGGUGUCAUGCAGGUACCUACAAGGCAAAAGACUGUGAAGGGCCUGACCAGGCAACUGUCUGUCUUCCAUGUGCCAAUGGCACAUUCACAGCUGUUGAUAACACCAUGUCUAAAUGCUUCCAGUGCAAACGCUGUCGUACAGCACUCCAGCAGAUAGUAGAGACCCCCUGCACCCCAAAGCAAGAUACUGUAUGUGGGUGUCAGAAGAAUCAGUAUCUGAUUGAUUCUGAGUCUGAAUACUUCCAGUGUAGGAACUGCAGCUCAUGUGCCGAUGGGAUUAUUGCCAGCUGUUCAAAGAACAAAGAUGCAAUUUGCAGGUGUAAGCCUCAAUUCUUCCUGUCACGUAGUAAUAUUUGCAAGCCUUGCAACAGCUGCACUGGAGAAGACUGCUUGCUGUGUCCUAGCCCAGUCACUACCUCACCGACCUCAUCUGGGCUGAAUGGAAACCUUGUACUUGGCACCCUUGUUGCAAUAUUUGGAGUUAUCUUCGUCCUCUGCAUUGCACGUAAAGUAGGGAAGCUGGUCCAGAAACGUGAGACAGGGCCUUUCUACUCCUGUGUUUUGCCACUGAGAACCAAGGAGCCAGUAUCAGAGGUUGAGGAAAAAAAUGAAAUUUCCACCUUUUGUCCUGAGUCCCAGAAGGAAACAGAAUUGCCAAUAAUUGCAACCCAGCCAUCUGACCCUCUGCCACAGAGUUCACAUGAGUUUCCAGACUGUGUCAGACCUGCCAGGAAGACACAGCUUCCAGACACCCCUGCUGUUCUGUACACGGUGGUGGACCACGUGCCGCCGUCGCGGUGGAAGGAGUUUGUGCGGCGCCUGGGGCUGAGCGACUGCGACCUGGAGCGGAUUGAGCUGGAGCACCGGCGCCUGCGAGACGCCCAGUACGAAAUGCUCCGGCUCUGGAGACUGCGCAUGGGUCGUGCCGCCACCGUGGAGCACAUCAGCUGCGUUCUCAACCAGAUGGAGCUCAGUGGCUGCAGCGAAGCUGUUCAAGAAGCUUUGCUCAACCAGAACUCUCCUCAGCCUUGCAGCCUCCACAACCAUCUCUAAUCUAUUUCUGCUUAGGCUGCCUUUGACCUUUAAGAGGGGAUCAUAGCUCUCUUUCUUUCCCCAUAUCUCCCCAUCUUUGUAACUCUUGUCAGCUGGUUUUGUUGGAGACAGCAGCAGGUUAUGCUGGAGGAGGGCUGAGGUUUGCUUCUUAACCACCACGUAGUUCAACCUUUAAGCCAUGGCAUACG